AUGUUCAGGGAAAAUGCUUUCAACUCUGGAAACCCGUUUCAUUUUCGCAAUGUUUCGAAAGAUGGAGACAAGUCUGAUUUACCUGCUGCUUCAAAGUGGUUUGAGAACAUCAGUGAUAAAAUAUCCUCUGUUCCAUUAUAUACGUUAUCCACUACCUUGGCACAGUAUCUGGACUGGCCAUUUCCGUUUGAGCUGGUCUCCAAACCAUCAGAGCAAAAUCCUUCUCUUGUCGCCUUCCGGGACUGGUUGCUCCAGACACAGGAUGUCACAAAUCAGAUGUUAGUUGAAAUACUUCAACCAGCUAUAAGCGAGCUGCCGGACCGAAGCUUCUUUCAGUUAUAUGCUCCCCUGAGGCUUCUAAAAAAGGCCCUGGAGUUCAAUCAGACUACGAUUGAGAACGAUGACGCGCCCGUACUUCUUUAUAUUGCGCAAUCAUCCCUGACAGAUCUGCCCCCAGCGCUGCAAGAGGACCUGCCCACCCCACAUCUUGUCCAGCAUGCGGGAAAGGGAGAUGUGUACAGCUCAAGCAUAUGGCUUGGGACAGAACCUACUUAUACACCUAUCCAUCGGGACCCAAAUCCAAAUUUGUUUUACCAAUUGUGCAGCCACAAGAUAAUGCGAUUGCUGCCACCUACCAUUGGCGACCGUGUAUACUUUGAAGUCCAAGCCAAGAUCCGCCAGCAUGGUAACAGCCGUAUCCGGACAACAGAAAUGAUGGAAGGAAAGGAGAGAGUGGCGCUUCACGAGGCCAUAUGGGCCAAUGAGAAGAUAUCAGAUCAUCUUCUGGAAGUUGACCUGGCUCCAGGGGAUGCUUUAUUUAUUCCAAAGGGGUGGUGGCAUUCAGUGAAGAGCAAGAAUUCAAUGGGGCAUCUCAAUGGGUCUGUGAAUUGGUGGUUUCGAUGA